AUGGUGUCUAAUGAGCCAAGUGGGAGAAUCAUGACCUUCCACCCAACCAUGGAAGAAUUUAAAGAUUUCAACAAAUAUAUUGGUUACAUGGAAUCCCAAGGUGCCCACCGAGCUGGCCUGGCGAAGGUCAUUCCACCCAAGGAAUGGAAAGCCAGACAGUCCUACGAUGAUGUCAAUGACAUGGUGAUAGCCACUCCCCUCCAGCAGGUGGCGUCUGGGCGAGCAGGUGUGUUCAUUCAAUACCACAAAAAGAAGAGGGCCAUGACAGUGGGCGAGUAUCGCCUGUUGGCAAACAGUGGACAGUAUCAGACUCCACCACACUUGUGUUUUGAGGAUCUGGAGCGGAAAUACUGGAAAACGCGCCUGUACGACUCGCCCAUCUAUGGCGCUGACAUCAGUGGCUCCUUAUUUGAUGCCAACACUAAACAAUGGAACCUUGGCCACCUGGGAACCAUCCAGGACCUGCUGGAGCAGGAGUGUGGGGUUGUCAUCGAAGGCGUCAACACCCCCUACCUGUACUUUGGCAUGUGGAAGACCACCUUCGCUUGGCACACGGAGGACAUGGACCUUUACAGCAUCAACUACCUGCACUUCGGGGAGCCCAAAACGUGGUACGCGGUGCCCCCAGAGCACGGCCAGCGCCUGGAGCGCCUGGCCAGGGACCUUUUCCCGGGCAGCUCUCGGGGCUGCCAGGCCUUCCUGCGGCACAAGGUGGCCCUCAUCUCGCCCACUGUCCUCAAGGAGAACGGGGUCCCGUUCAGUCGCAUCACUCAGGAGGCUGGAGAGUUCAUGGUGACCUUUCCCUAUGGCUACCACGCUGGCUUCAACCAUGGCUUCAACUGUGCGGAGGCCAUCAACUUUGCCACCCCGCGAUGGGUCGACUAUGGCAAAGUGGCCUCUCAGUGCAGCUGCGGGGAGGCCCGGGUGAGCUUCUCCAUGGACGUGUUCGUGCGCCUCCUGCAGCCCGAGCGCUAUGAGCUGUGGAAACGCGGGCAGGACCGGACUGUUGUGGACCACGUGGAGCCCACGGCGCCGGGCAGCCAGGAGCUGAGUGUCUGGAGGGAGGGCAGGGCGGCCUGGAGAUCUGCGCUGGGCCUGAGGCACCUCCAGCCCCGUCGAGCCACGCACACCCCUCAAUCAGUGGGCACGGGCUGUGGGUACGGUCGCCGCCACACGCUUGUGCGCCAGCCAUGCCUGUGCCCCUGGCUAGGCCGGGGUUCUGCCUCUGCUGCCCAGCCCGUGGCUGCCGCGGCCCUCCGCUCCUCAAAGCCUGACCCAUCUUCACAGCCAACCUCGGGCCCAUCUGCCCUGGAUCUCCAGCCAACUGGCACAAGUGGUCGUGAGAGUGGUCGUGGUCCUCGGGAACAGGGGACUCAAGAGUCCAUUGUUCAGGUCCCGGCUAAGAGGCGCCGCCUAGUGGGCGCAGUGCGCACAGCUCCGGAUCCCAAAGCCCAGCCUGUGCCUGAGGACAAACCCUCCAUGGACAGCCAGGCACUGCUGGUCCCAGCAUCCUAA